CUCCCGCACGCAUUGCUUCAUUUGGCCAACUGGUACGCAAGGCAGUUGGCAGCGCAUUAAUUUUAGAAUGUUUGGCUGUAGGGAAUCCGACGCCGCGCGCCCGUUGGUUAACCAGAGAUCGACCUGUAACUUUCAGCCCCUUCUACGAGGUGACCAAUGAGGGAAAUUUGAAAAUACACCGCGUGGAGGGUAGUCUGUCCGGAAAUUACACUUGCACAGCGAAUAAUCUGUUCGGAAGCGAUGAGAUUCAAUAUCAAGUGAUUGCCAUGAAGCCACCUGCCGCCCCACAAAUCAUCGUACAAUAUGCAAGCGCCGAUAGCAUACGUGUCAGCUGGGAUCCGCCAGAGGAUGGUGGUGCCCCACUGCAGGGCUAUAGCAUCUCGUAUCGCAUCACUGGCGAAACAUGGGCACAGACCGAACUGAUGCCGGAGAAUAACGCUUAUACAAUAACUGGCUUGAAGUGUGGCAAUCAGUAUAUCAUCAAGAUGUCGGCGCAUAAUAUUGUUGGCGAUGGUGUGUCCAGUGAGGAAAUUAACGUCUGGACCAAGGGCAAAG